AUUACGGCGGAACUAAUCUGGCGACGCCUGCUUUAGCCCAAGCGGUGGUGGGGAAGGGAAACUGUUCUACAGGAUGCGUCAUACCCGGAAGUGAAAGGCCGGAAGUGGGGUUGGACAGGUUUUCCCCAGGGGUGGGGAAGCAGAGGCCCUGGAGGAGUAGGGGAGAUUAAGAAGCUAGAGCAUCCUGGCCUAUACUCCGAAUCGUGUACCAGUUCUCUUAGAUCUCAGAGGCGCAGAAAAAGGGAAGGGUGUCUCAUCCCGCUUCCUAGCUUUUCGCUUUAGCCAUGGCGGAGGCAGGGGCCGGGAUGAGUGAGACCGUCACUGAGACAACGGUUACCGUGACAACCGAGCCCGAGAAUCGGAGUCUAACCAUUAAACUUCGGAAACGGAAGCCAGAGAAGAAGGUGGAGUGGUCGAGUGACACUGUGGACAAUGAGCAUAUGGGGCGCCGCUCAUCGAAAUGCUGCUGUAUUUAUGAGAAACCUCGGGCCUUUGGUGAGAGCUCCACAGAGAGUGAUGAGGAUGAAGAGGAAGGCUGUGGUCAUACGCACUGUGUACGGGGUCACCGCAAAGGACGGCGUCCUACAACCCCAGGACCCACCCCAACCACUCCCCCACAGCCUCCUGAUCCCUCUCAGCCCCCUCCAGGACCUAUGCAGCACUAAAUCCCUCUCACCACUCAUGUGUCUGCCUGGCCCCAAAUGUAUCCAUCUGACAUGGGGACUCAACCCAUGGCCUGGUCCCUUCUACUGCCCCCUUCUUUCCUCUCCUGCCUGAUAGAGAAGAGGAAGAGGAGGGUAGAUACAGAUCCUGGAAUUCUGACUUGCUGCUGUUCCAGAACCCAGGCUUCUGGGUUCUCCCAGCCCCUUUUUCCUUACAGUUUGCCCCCAUGCCUGGGAUCCAGGCAUCGUGGUUCGAGGCUAUCCCUUUUGUUCUCACUGCCAAACUACCUGUCCUGGGAUCCAGUUAUCUUGGCCACCUGCACCCUCAGCUUGAGUCCCAAGCACUUCAACUGGGUUUUCAACGGUCCCAGCUUUCACUGCCAGGGCCCCAAUCAGAUUCCAGGCAAUCUUGCACCCCUGCUCUGUGUAUUAAUCCUGGCUUAUGGUUCCUCCACUGACGAAGUUUUCCUAAAUCUUAGGUUCUUGCCUGUGGGAUGUAAGGUUGUGUGGAGACCAUAGGGUUCCCUGGCUCUUCCGCUCCUUUUAUCCCUUCUGGCCUUCCAAAGGAGUCAGGAGAGGUCUUUGUCAUUCAUACCUCUAAUGGGAAGUGGAACCAAAAAUAGUCAUGUCCUGAAUUGAAUAUAACAUUUCUGACAACGCUGGCUGAGACCACUGACUUAGAGCCAAUGAUUUUCCCAGCCAUUAAUCUCUGAGCUUCAGCUUUGGUGAUUUAGGGGCUUGGGUCCCUAAAGGGGAAGAGGGAGAAAGCAAAAAGAUGAGGAGACAGGCCCCUGCAGUACACUCCUACCCUUUCCUUCCUAGGCUUUGGUGUCUGCCGACCCAGGUGUGUUGCUCUCUCUCUCAGCCCUCCCCAACUGGUGCUGGGAUCUGGGGAUUGUCCUCCUGGCCUCUCGCUGUGCAUAGUACAGAGAUCAGCAGAACCCACGGCACCACUUAGAUCUCAUUUAUUGCCACAGAUGCACAAAAUAAAUAACCCAACAUUGCA